AUGCUUCUCUAUUUCGUAUUUUGUUGCUCCCCCGUGGAUGCAGUCUCCGUGCAUGUUGAAUACGUUUCCAAGGGCACACUUCUCCACCAUUGUGCUGAUGUACUCGUCCUCUCUCAGGUCGUUCUUGUACAGCCGCCUCAGAAUGUCAUACGACAUGAUUUUGAGGGUGCUGAAGUCUCUCUUCGUGUAGGAGCACAGCCUGCUUGUGAUCUUCCCAAUCACCUCUCUCAGCAGCAGAUACGCCUGGUUUGUCUCCCUACGGACGUAGUUGCUUGCUAUGCACUUCACCUCUCUCAGGUUUGCUGUAUGUUUCACCAGGCCAUAAAACAUCUUCUUGUCAUCAACCAGUAA